AACUGUUCUUAGUUGGAGUUGAUUUGACACGGAACGUGGAUGGGUUUUCCGAGCCGUCCGUCCGAACUGUGUUGGUAUUUGUUGUGCUUCUUUCCCACAGUAGCCCAGAGAAGCGAGCAAGCGGAUUCGCUACAUGUGGCAUUUUGUGCAGUGAAAUAAAUUGCUGUGCUGACUGCUGAUUACGCGAUACUUUUUCAUUUUCUCAGGUUGUAUGAAGAAGAUAAUCAAGUGCGAAGGUGAUGUUAAUCUAAUUGGCUUGGCAGGAGUUGCACAAAUAAAGCAAGUGAAUUGGGAUGUUUGCUAUAAUUACCCGACCAACAGUGAAAUUUUAGGAAGCAAAUUGUGUUAUUCAAAGUGAAGUGUGCCCGAGGUGAAGGUUGAUAAUUAUCGUGGUAAAAGUAAUGAUUUGCGGAAAUAAAAUGUGUAAAACAUCAGAUUCCUGUUUCGGGUAUUACUGAUUUCUUCCGUCUAGCUGGUAAUCGAAAACCAACCCAUUGCCUGGUAUGCUAAACCAAGUUCUCCAAUUAGCGCAAUUUGGAAGCAACAUUGAAGCAUUUUGCCGCAUUGGGUGAGAGAAAAAAAGCCCGAAGCGUGAAAGGCACGAAACAACAAUACGAGAAACAUGUCAUCAAUGGAGCUCUACGUGAAGGACGCACGUGUCUGGAUCCCACACCCUGAAAACGUUUGGCAAGGCGCCGUUGUACUCCGUGACUACAAGGAAGGUAGCAGCACACUAGAGCUCAUCACAGACCGACAGGUGAAGCACACGGUCCAGCUAAAAUCCAAGAAUGAUCUUCCUCCACUGCGUAAUCCAGCCAUCCUCAUCGGACAGAAUGAUCUCACGGCACUGUCUUACCUGCACGAACCGGACGUCCUGUACAAUCUGGAAGUUCGCUUCUGCGACCGGCACGCCAUCUACACGUACUGUGGGAUCGUGCUGGUUGCCAUCAAUCCGUAUGCCGAACUGCCAUUGUACGGAGCGGAUCUAAUUCGAGCCUAUCGGGGUCACUCGAUGGGCGAACUGGAGCCACAUAUCUUUGCCGUGGCAGAAGAAGCCUACGCUAAGUUAGAGCGGGAAAAAUGUGAUAUUAGUAUAAUUGUUAGUGGUGAAUCCGGUGCGGGGAAAACCGUUUCGGCGAAGUAUGCUAUGCGAUACUUCGCAACGGUAGGUGGUAGUGAAUCGGAAACACAAAUAGAGAAAAAAGUGUUGGCCAGUAAUCCGAUAAUGGAAGCUAUCGGAAAUGCUAAAACAACGAGAAAUGACAACAGUUCGAGAUUCGGAAAGUUCACAAAGCUGUUGUUCACCAACAAUCUGUCCAUGAUGUCGUUGACGGGGGGCACCAUGCAGACGUAUCUGUUGGAAAAAUCGCGUGUCGUUUUUCAAGCUCCUGGCGAGCGGAAUUAUCAUAUAUUCUAUCAACUUUGUGCGGCACGACAACGGUGGCCGGAGCUGAUGUUGGAUCACCAGAACAAGUUUCAUUUUUUGAAUCAGGGCCACUCACCUGACAUUGUGAAGGUUUCCGACGAAACGCAGUUUCAGGAAACAACGAAGGCACUGAACAUUCUCGGGUUUGAUGAUCCAGAGAUCAGUGACAUUAUGAGGAUACUUGCAGCUGUGCUGCACUUAGGCAAUAUUGAGUUCACCCACAAGUACAAAAAGCAAACCCAGGAAGUGGACCAGGAGGCGUGUACUGUAGCGUCCGACGACCUACACCUGAGCAUCUUCAGCGACAUUCUAAAGCUAGACCGGGAUGAGCUGCGCAAAUGGCUCAUUACUCGCCAGAUUGAAUCCAUCAACGAUAGCGUGCUGAUACCGCAAAACAAACCGCAAUCGGAAGCCGCCCGAGAUGCCCUAGCAAAGCACGUGUACGCGGAAAUGUUCCAAUACAUAGUGAAAAAGAUUAACCGCAAUUUGGCUGGGGCGAAAAAGCAGAGCUGCUUCAUCGGCGUUCUCGACAUCUACGGCUUCGAAACAUUUGACGUGAAUUCUUUCGAGCAGUUCUGCAUCAAUUAUGCCAACGAGAAACUUCAGCAGCAGUUUAACCAGCACGUUUUCAAGCUCGAACAGGAGCAGUACUUAAAGGAGGGCAUCCAGUGGACGAUGAUUGAUUUCUAUGAUAAUCAGCCGUGCAUCGAUUUAAUCGAAUCCAAGCUGGGUAUUCUGGACUUGCUGGACGAGGAGUGCCGAAUGCCCCGUGGAUCGGAUGAGUCUUGGGUGGGCAAAUUGUUUGAGAAAUGCUCCAAGUACAAACAUUUCGACAAACCUCGCUUCGGGACUAGUGCUUUUCUCAUCAAGCAUUUCUCGGACACAGUUCAAUACGAAUCGCAGGGAUUUUUGGAGAAGAACCGGGACACUGUGUCCAAGGAGCUGGUCAAUGUCCUAGCACUGUCCGGUAUGAAAUUGUGCCAUAAGCUGAUGACUGCACAAGAUGAACAGCAGUCACCGUCGGAAGCAGCGAGAAGUCGCGGAGUGAAGCUGGUAGUUAGUGCUGCCAAGAGUCAGCCAGCAGAUAAAAGACGAAAGCCAAUGACCCAAAAACAGCAGCGGAAAACAGUUGGUUCGCAGUUCCGAGAAAGUUUGACGCUUCUGAUUACCACACUUCACAAUACGACACCGCAUUACGUGAGGUGCAUUAAGCCUAACGAAGACAAAGCUGCCUUCAAAUGGGAAGCGCCGAAAAUUGUCCAGCAGUUGCGAGCCUGUGGAGUGCUGGAAACUGUCCGCAUUUCAGCAGCAGGGUUCCCGUCCCGCUGGACGUACGAGAGCUUCUACGACCGGUAUCGUCUGUUGUGUAAGCGCGUUCAAAUUAUCGAUUGGAAUGAGAAGGCCACUUGUUCUAACAUCGUACGCAACUGGUUAACCGAUACGGACAAGUAUCGUUUGGGAAAAACACAGAUAUUCUUUCGUGCCGGCCAGGUUGCCUAUCUCGAGCAGGUCAGAAGCGACGUGCGUAAGAAACACAUUGUUCUGGUUCAGUCACUGAUAAGACGGUUUAUCUGUCGACAUAAAUUUUCGAGAUUGAAGAGAACUGCUCUCGGGCUGCAGCGUCACGCUAGAGGGAUGCUGGCCAGAAAGCGAGCUGAUAAUCUUCGAAAAAAUCGGGCUGCGAUCAAAAUUCAGCGUUACGUGCGAGGUUGGCUCAAAAGAAUCAAAUAUCAGCGAAUCCGAAAAACAAUUUCCGGCAUACAAACCUAUGCUCGAGGUUUGCUGGCACGGAGAAAGUUCAAGCAAGUGCUGGAUAACUACAAAGCUACGCAGAUCCAACGAUACUGUCGGGGUUAUUUGGCCCGGCAGCGUACAAGAAAACGGCUGGCUGAUAUUAUCAAGUGUCAAGCUACAAUUCGUCGUUUCCUAGCUCGUCGGCUGUACAAACGAAUGAAGGCAGAGGCUCGAACCAUCUCUCACAUUCAGAAAAUGUACAAAGGUUUGGAAAACAAGAUCAUCGAACUGCAGCAGCGUUACGAUCAGAUUUCGAAGGAGAAUAAUGCACUGAAAAAGCAAAACGUUGAGAUCCCCACGAUGCGUCAGAAGUUGGAUGCUAUGAAGCGGCAGGAAAACGAGCUGAAGGCUUUGAAAGUGCAGCUAGAACAAAAGGAUGAAAAGUUAUUGAUUGUUAUCAAACAGCUGGAGAAUGAACGAGACGAAAAGAUGAUUUUAUUGGAAGAAAAACAAAAAGAGGAGGAGGAGCGAGCGAAGGAGCGCGCUUUGAUGGAGCAAGAUCUAGCUAAGAUGCGCAUGCAAGUUAACGAGAUCAGUGACGUGAGCAAAUUGGAACGGGAUCGUCUCCUCUCGCAGGCCGAUUCCAACGAAAUUCAUGCUGCCUACCAGCGGAUGGUCAAAGACAAGGAACUACUAGAAAAUGAAAAUCACGCACUGAGGCACGAGCUACGUCGUUUGCAGCAUAUCAUAAGCAAUUCACAUGAGCUUAAAUCACACUCCCGCUCAGUUAGCAAUGCUUCUAGCACCAACGAGGAAGACUUCGGGUACAACUCUGGCAAAAAUACGCUGGAAAUUCGGCGGUCUCCGCAGUCGCACGAAGGUGAAGUUAAUAACAAUCAUAAACUAGUUAGCGGUUCGCUAAUUGGUGCUAGUAUCCCCCAUGUCCCGUUAAAUAGCUCCACAUCGACCAGUAAUGCUGCUGCCACAGUUCGUGGUAAUAGCAGUAGCAGUAGUUCUGCAGUAGGUAAUUCUUCUAGUCAAAAUACGCUCGAUACACUGUCGAGAGGAAAAGUUGCUACGAUCGACUACGAUCGCAUCUACAAGACUCCACCGCAGUCGUUUAGUAUGCUGAAAGAUCACUCCACUCCCAACACGCACGAAUCUCCUGAGAAGGACCAGACCACCAUCAUCCUAAAGAUGCGCCAGUUGUUCGAAGAGGAGAAAUCCAAGAGCGAUCAGCUGCGCAAGGAAGUGGCCCGUUUCCGCAAGAGUUCUUCCCUCAGCACGGAGGAAUCCAUCCGAGCAUCCGAGCUGGAGGUAGAGUUCGAGAAGCUGCGGCAGGAUUAUAACCUGCUGCGAAACAGCAUCAAACGGGGUGUUGAAGAUCGAGAAAUGGAGGCACAAUACAAUGCACUGCAGGAGGAGUUGAAGCGCAGGCGGGACGAAUGUAUAUCGUUGAAGGCCGUUCUGGCUCAGCAAAGUCAAUCGUUACGAACGCUGGGCCAGUCGCAUAUUAAUCCGAAUGGUGAUACCAGUUUGAAGAUACACGACGAAGGCGAACUGUUAGAGGUGUACCAGGCGACCAAGCUGGUCAACCGGCAGCUUGAGGCAGAGCUGAGUGCAAUGAUGGAAGCUCACAACGAGACACUGGUGGAAACCAAUAAGGUCGUUGAUGGAUUAAGGAAAGAAGUUCAAGAUCUGCAGAGAGUUCUGCAAAGUAGAGUGGAGGAUCCUAGUGAGGCAAAUAUAAAUGCGCUGAAACAGAGCGAGCAGUAUUUGAGACACGAAUUGAAAAAAUCGACGGCGGCUUAUGUAGAGCUGCAGGAACAAGUGAAUGAGCUGCUUGCUAAGAUUAAUGAAUUGACCAAAAAAAACAAUAUUUUGUCGAAUCGGCUACGGGAUCACGGGCUGAAUGAUUCGAUUUUGAUGAACGAUGAAUUCCAAAACAUGGUGAUGGUGAAGAAAAAAGCCCAAUUCUAUCAGGGAAUUUUGAAGUACCGGCAUGAGGAUGAGAAUAAGAUCGUGCAAAGGUUGGUGUCAGAUCUGAAACCCCGGGUAGCAGUCACUUUGAUACCGAGUUUACCCGCGUAUGUGGUAUUCAUGUGUAUAAGAUAUACAGAUUUGGUAAAUACGGAUCAACACGUGCGAUCGUUACUGACCCGAUUCGUACAAAUGAUUAAAAAGUUGUACAAAUUACCAAACACUGCCGAAGUGCGUGUGAUGUGGCUAGUCAAUACUCUAACAUUACACAAUUUGUUAAAACAAUUCGGCGGCUAUCCAGAAUAUAUGCAGUAUAACAGUGACGUGCAGAAUCAGCAACAGUUGAAAAACUUUGACCUGUCCGAGUACCGACAGGUGAUCCACGAGACGAUCAUCAUAAUGCACGGUGUUUUACUUCGGCAGGUACAGGAAUCGCUCAAGCAGCUAAUUGUGCCCGCUAUUCUGGAUCACGACGAAACGGCACGCGGUAAGAGCCGGCGGACCAUGUCACUUGAUAUGUCCCCGGAAGAGAACCGGGAGCCGAAGACGUUAGUGCAACAGCUGGAAACCUUCUACAAACAUUUGUCCAGCUUUGGAAUGGAGAACUACUACAUAGAGCAGAUCUUCAAGCAGCUAAUGUACUACAUCUGCGCCGUUGCCGUCAACAAUCUGAUGCUGCGGGGUGACCUUUGCAUGUGGAAAACCGGCAUGAAAAUCCGCUACAACGUGAGCUGCCUAGAGGGUUGGAUUCGCACAAUGGCCAUGGAUCCGGACGUGGUGAAACCGUUGGAACCAUUGAUACAAAUUUCCCGCAUCCUGCAAGCGCGCAAAACCGAAGAGGAUGUCCAAACUCUGUUGGAACUUAGCACGUGCUUGACGACGGCGCAAAUUCUAAAGAUCAUCAAGUCGUACACCACGGACGAUUGCGAAAACGAGAUCAAGCCGAUCUUUAUCGAAAAACUGACCAAACAGCUCAACGAACGAUCGAUGCAAAAUGAAUCGGACACGUACAUGAUGGACGAAGAAAUUGUCAGCCCCCUGGUCGUUGUGUACAAGUACAGCGAGGUCAAUCUCGAAGAGAUUGAAAUACCCGAAGAAUUCAACCUGGACGGGUUGGUUACCAGGAUCUAAAAUGUGGGUAGUUAAUAAAAUAUGUUUUACUAACCUGUUUAAAAGUGAGUAUGGCACUAGAGUGAGACAACUACAGUGUAUUGUUACUUGUUGGUCUAUUGUUAAAGGUAUUAUUAUGCAAAAAUAGACUUCAGAGAUAUAUUUACAUAUUUCGUUUGUUACCAAUUGAUAAAAAGUAGUAUUUAUCGUCGUUUAGUCCUGGGAGCGUUUGUCUAACAAAUGCACUGACCGCAUCGUCGAAGACCUGAUUUUGUACAACUGCAAUUGGCCUUUAUAAGUAUUUAAAAAGAAAACAAUCAAUACAGAUUUUUAAAAUCAA